AUGUACGACGACGUGCUCAACGGGCUUGGCGUCGGCAGCGCGUGUAGGGGAGAGACCCGGGGCGGUCGCCUCCUGGCCGGCUUCACCGCCACACCGCGAAGAGCGGACGGGCUGUCCCUGCGGCCUUUCUUCGACCACAGUAUCGGGGGUCUGGACCUCCACUGGGGCAUCGCGAACGGAUACCUCGUCGACAUCCACGCCUUUGCCGUCAGAACCACCACCGACAUCGCCGCGCUGCCUACUCGCAUGCAGGACUUUUCCGCCGGCGCGCUGUCUACUGCGGUGAACAACGACGUCCGCAAUGAGGCCGCCGCGCGCGCGAUGCUGGAGUUCGGUGCGGGGGAACCCUCAUCUUCGGGGAAGAAAAAAUCCCCGAGGGGAAUCGCUUUCUGCGCGGACGUCCGUCACGCGCACGACCUCGCCCGCGUCCUGAACGAGCACAAUAUUUCGGCGAUGGCGGUCGACGGGGGCAUGAACAAAAAGGAUAGAGGUCGGGCGUUAGCGGCCUUCCGGUCCGGGGAGGUUUCCACUCUCACCAACUGCGGCGUCCUCACGGAGGGUUUUGACGCGCCCUAUUGUGACACGAUUGUCAUGUGCCGCCCGACCCAGUCGGCCCCUCUCUACAUGCAGAUGAUUGGCCGCGGCACUCGCCCGUGGUUGUCACCAACGCCCCAAGUGAGGCCUGCGAACAAUGCGGAUGCGGGUGCUGAUUCGACGGCCUCGAGGCGACGGAGUGACAUUGCGGCAUCACCAAAGCCGCGUAUGCAUGUGAUCGACCUGGUCGAUAACUGCGGGAAGCACAAGGUGAUGAGCAUGUCGGCUGCCCUAGGGCUGUCCUCCGGGUUUCGCGGCGACGAUGCUGGUACGGACGGAAUGGGUGGGGCGUUCUCCGUGGAGCAUGUCGGGUCCCUCGCGGCAGAAGCCAUGUCUUUGGUCGAUGCUGACGGCGCUGCCGAGGUGGAAAAUGCUUGUUCUCAUCCCCUGCUGGAAGCCAAAACCCCUCGGGAGCUUGCGCUGCUUGUGAAGCACUACCGCCUCCUGCAGGGAGCAAAAACAGCGGAGACUACGCUGACGGUGACAGGAAGAGGGGCCAACGAUGGAACUUCUUCUCCCGGUUGGGACUUGUCCCAGCUUUGCGUUGGAGAUCGAAUCGGGAAGGACUCGUUCUUGAGGGUUAUCGUAGAGGCCAUCUUGUUGGGGUACGAAGAAGGCCAAGACGAUGACGAAAGCGAAGAUUUCGACGAUGAGGAUGUCGACUACGACGACACUGAUCACGAUUGUGGCGACUACGACGACGAAGACGGUUGCGAAAGAAGCUUCAGCAAGCCGCAUCCAAAAACGAAACGACGACGCUUUCCUCGUGCCCCCAUCCGAACCCGUCCGUGGCGCAAGAAGAAACCCUUUGCCGCCGGUUCCGCGACCGUGCGCAUGCGCCACCCAUCGUCGGGCACCAUUUUUUCGUGGAGAACGUCCGGGGUUAAGGAUACGAGCGGCGCGGAACUGCAUGAGGGGGCGUCGUACCGGUUGGUGGCCACGGUAACAGAGGCGUUGGCAGCAGGCGGGGCGGAAGAAGCGGGAGAGGUCGGGUUAACGAGAUGUCGGCUCACACUUGUGACGGCCGAUGCGUCUGGCGGCCGCCGGUAG